AUCAGCUCCUUCCUCACUUCCGUCAACCGCAAACGAAACAUGUCACCAGUUCCCCCGCCUCCACCCCCUCCUUCCGCAGGUAAUGCACAACCCACCUCAGAGGCACUAAAGGACCGAGGCGCACUUCUUUCUCAAAUAUUGAGCGGGACACGACUUAGGCCAGCAAUUACCGACGAUCGCUCUGCGCCUUUUACAGCUGGCCACGGUUCAGGCGUCAACUCCACCACAGGAGCAGCACCCACAACUACAUGUGCACCAGGUCAAAGUUCGGCGGAGCGCUCCCACUUGCGAAAAACAGCACCACCGCCACCGCCGCCACCGCCACCUGCAAGAGGUAGCGGAGCACUGUCACCAACUCUGACAUCAAAACCAGCACCUGGUUUUCCAAACCGAAGAGGCCCAGCCUCACCACCACCAAUAGUCACAGGUAUACGCCCAGCACCUGGUGCUCCUGGACCACUACUCAGUGGCAUCUCUUCAAGAGUCGAUGUCCGACCAUUGUCACCAUUAAGCCCAGGACUCAAACCAAUCGAGCCGCCGGCGAUAGAGGGUCGUUGGGCAUUUAGAUCUGUUGGUGACUUUCCUACGCCUCCACUCGGACUCAGCAACGCACCAAGAUCAUAUCCGAGUGGAAACUCCACAGGAACUUCCAUUCCUCUAGAUCUGACAUCUUUUGCAGGGUUAUCAGCAGGAAGAAUGCCGCCUCCACCACCUUUGGGUACCGAGAACCGCUGUCGCUAAAUAUGGUACUUCCUACGUUAUUUGCACGAUAUAGCGUCGUUCUUGAGUAUACCUACGCUUCCUGCACUGGGCAGAAGGGGCAAUAAACACAAUACUGUGUAUAUCGGAAAAUCGUGC